GGACAGAGACACAAAGGUGUUACUCAGUGUUGAGUCUGUUCGCUUUAGAAAUUCUUUUCUUUCGUUCCUCCCAAAUUUAAUGGUUACUUUGCUUCAGGCCCAAGGCCUGAAAAGUGCUUUUUGUUCCCAUCGGUUUUGCCUCCUCAACCAAAUCAAACGCAUAGUUUAGUCAGUCCCGGUACUAUUAGACUGCCCGCCCAAUCAGUAAUGCCAAACACAAGAUCUCACAAAAUGUACGGAAAAGCCGCCUUCGCUCUCAUCGUCGCCUUCCUCCUCCUCAUCACCUACUCAAUCUUCAUCGGCACCGUCGACGUCCGAUCCUACUUCCUCCCGCUCCUCCCAACAUCGCCGCCGUCGCCGGCCGCCCAGUCUCUCUGCGCCACCACCUCCCCGCCUCUCAAAGUCUACAUGUACGAUCUCCCGCGCCGCUUCAACGUCGGAAUUAUGAACCGCCGGAACACCGAUCAGACUCCGGUGACCGCCCGGACUUGGCCUCCGUGGCCCAAGAAUUCCGGGCUCAAGAGGCAGCAUAGUGUUGAGUACUGGAUGAUGGGCUCUCUUUUGUCCGACGGUAAUGGCGGUGAUGGGAGAGAGGCGGUUAGGGUUUCUGAUCCGGAAUUGGCCGAUGCCUUCUUUGUGCCGUUUUUCUCUUCGUUGAGCUUCAAUACUCAUGGGCACAACAUGACCGACCCGGCUACUCAGAUUGAUCGCCAAUUGCAGGUAGAUUUAUUGAAAAUCUUGGGGGAAUCAAAGUACUGGCAAAGAUCUGGAGGGAGAGACCAUGUUAUCCCUAUGACACAUCCGAAUGCUUUCAGAUUUCUUCGGCCACAGGUCAAUGCAUCAAUUCAGAUUGUUGUAGAUUUUGGAAGGUAUCCUCAUGUCAUGUCAAAUCUGAGCAAAGAUGUGGUUACUCCAUAUGUGCACGUUGUGGAUUCCUUUACAGACGAUAACCGUCCAGAUCCAUUUGAGUCCCGCACUACACUUCUUUUCUUCCAGGGAAGGACAUACAGGAAAGAUGAAGGCAUUGUUCGUGUUAAAUUGGCUAAAGUCUUAGCUGGUUACAAUGAUGUUCACUAUGAGCGGAGUGUUGCAACAGGAGAUAACAUAAAAUCGUCUACGCAACGGAUGCGUUUAUCAAAAUUUUGUCUGCAUCCGGCUGGAGACACUCCGUCUUCUUGUCGCCUAUUUGAUGCUAUUGUGAGCCACUGUGUUCCCGUCAUUGUGAGCGAUGAAAUUGAGCUCCCGUUUGAGGAUGAAAUUGACUACACCAAAUUCUCACUAUUCUUCUCAUUCAAAGAGGCUUUGGAACCUGAUUACAUGGUUAAUCAGCUUCGUAAUGUUUCAAAGGAGAGAUGGAUUGAAAUGUGGGGGACACUACAGAAUAUUUCCAACCAUUUUGAAUUCCAUUACCCCCCAGAGAAAGAGGAUGCAGUCAAUAUGCUGUGGAGACAGGUGAAGAACAAGCUCCCUGCCGUCAAACUUUCUGUACAUAGAAGCCGGAGGUUGAAAAUACCAGACUGGUGGCGGAGGAGAAAGUGAUUUCAGGAGCUUGCACUUGGUGCGAUGGCAAGUGCCUUCGCCCAUGAGCGGUAGGUCUCGGGUUCGAGACUUGGGAGCAGCCUCUCCAUAAAUGGGGGUAAGGUUAGCCGACAUUCACUUCUCCCAGACCCUGUAAAGCGGGAGCCUUGUGCACUGGGUACGACCUUUUUUUUUAUAGUGACAACCCUUAAAGGGGUAAAGAAAUAUAGGUACCCACAACACCCACAGAUUCUGCGGGUAAUGUUUGAGAGAUUCAAUAGCGUUCUUCAUAGCAUGCGGCUUGUCUAUUCAUUCACCCUGCCAAUUUUUUGUGCCAGUUGAGAGAUUCGGUAGCGUUCUUCAAGUCACAUAUUGGGAGGUAUUCUCUCUUGAUGAUGAGAUUGCACUGGGUCACUAAUUUUCCUACAAUUGCUGGUUGUCUGACCUACGAACACUAAAUUUGAGUUCUAAUGUUGUAAUAACACGGGACUGUUCGCAUUGAACGACAGAUGUAUAGUAUUCUUGGGUAGUCGUCCGGUUGAUUUUUUCGUCGGAACGACAGAUGUUGCCGUUGAGAUGGCUAAACAAAUUGAUGGCCCUCCAAAGAAAUGUGGUUUCCAAUCUGGUUAAUCAGAUCGAUGUCUAUGUAAAAUUUGCUUAAUUAAAGUAGAUUUGUUGAAGGCAGCUUGUAAAUUUGUGGCAAAUUAAUAGUUUUCUAACUUAAA